UGCGUAUCGGAGCCUCCCCUCCUGUGACUGGCGGAAAACAAAGGGCAGGGAGCCGCGGCUGGGAGAUGUCACCAGUCAUCAGUCACCCUCAAUGGGGGAAACAGACUUCCGACCGUCGGCGGUGUCGUUCUUUUGAGGAGGGGGACACACCAGAGGAACUGUCGCCGCCGCUCGUGCGCGCACGCGGUUCCACACCUCGCCUCGGCCAGUGACUGCAGCCACAGGUUCCUCCUCUCUCUCUCUCUCGCUCUCUCUCUCUCUCUCUCUCUCCCCCUCUCCUCGGUGGGUUUUCAACUGGACGGAACCGGGACUGAAUGACAGCGUCUGUGGGCGAAGGAACUGUUGCGCGGUCACGCACGCAGACGCACGCAGACGCACACACGGACUUGUUUAUUCCCAGCGAGUGGAGGGCGGGGUGAAGUUUUAGUUAUUUCUAAGAUAGGUGUUGGAACGCGAGCGCGCCGGGCCGGUGGCAGAUUCUCAUCCCAUGGUUGCGCGCCAUCGUCUCUCCAACUCCUGAACUCCUGAACUCCUGAACUCCCGGCUCCUCGCAGCACGUCGUGUGUUGGAUUUGUCUUCCGGCCGUGAAGAGGGAAGGAGAGGAGAGGCGCUGUCCGCGGUGCUGAAGUCGUCUCCGCGUCUCCUUACUUCACCUCGGGCUUCCUGUGAGGGCAACUUCAGGCUUUCCUGCAAAACCAACAACCAACACCUGCUGCCGCAGGGGGAACAAAAGCCUAAUAUGCGCUGCACAGAUCGUGGGCCUUGUCUAUGGAUUGGUGAUCUUCCAAAGCCAAGUUUCGCGGCAGGAUGCCCCUGACAUCUGAAGAGUGCAGUGUUGUCAUCAUCCACCCGAGCCAGCCAGUGUGUGUCGACGUCCCUUCGGCGACAGACGCAGUCCUGGGAAAAUCCAUGAUGUUGACCUGCAUCUUCUGUAUGAGGAGGGAGGAGCUCAAGGCAAAGACACGUGUGGAUUGGUACUACAUGCCAACAAAUGACAAAGACAUCCCCAAAACUCAUAUAUACAAGUACGAGAAUGAUGCACCAGUGGCGUUGGAUGGACCAUUUAAGGGCCGUCUGACCUGGAGCGGCAGCCAGGACUUGCAAGACGUCUCCAUUCAAAUCCUCAAUGUCACCUUUAAUGACAGUGGUGUCUAUGAGUGUCACAUGGUUCGCGAGUUUCAGUUCUUCAUUCCCUCGGUGUACACCAUGAAGAACAUCACGCUGAAGGUGAAAGAGAAAGCCAGUGAAGACCCCGCAGCGCUCUACUCUGAGAUCAUGAUGUACGUGCUGCUGGUGUUCUUGACCCUCUGGCUGCUGGUUGAAAUGGUCUACUGCUACAGGAAGAUCUCCAAGUCUGACGAGCAGGCACAGGACACAGCGACAAACUACCUAGCCCUUCCCUCUGAGCAGAAAGACAAUACAGCCGCUCCUGUUACCGAAUAAAAGUGGUACUGACCGGUCACAGUGGGUCAGGUGACAGAAACAGGACUAGACUCCACAACCCAAUCUAUGCCACGAUGAAGGUAUCGUUUCUCCCAGACAGCCGUGGGAAUCCUGCCAACUGACCUCCCCUGUGUAUCGACUGUGUCUUGUGAAGAGCCAGUCAAAAAUCUUUAAGAGCUCAAAUUUUCUCCUCCUUUUGCUUUCUUUCUUUUUUCUUUAACCUUUGUGCAGGCACCCGAAAGCAUAAACACAGCAGGUUAAAGAACCAAACUGUCGGUGUCUAGCACUUAUCAUGAGAAAAAUAGCAGCCAUGCUUUUUUCAGACCUGCCAGUGCGUGGAAUUGCUGAACACUUUCUUGGUAGUGAGGCUUGCCUAUGUGAUUUAUAACCUAUGAUAUACAUAAACAAUCCAAGUAAAGAAUCUGUCCGACCGCUGUCGAGGCUGUUCUACUGACUCUGUGGUACUUGCUUAGUUCAUUUAGUUUUAUUACCAUUUUAUAGUCAAUGCUGAGAUUUUGGGUCACAGCUUUAUUUGUACCGGCCAAUAUAUUUUUAAUGUCUUUUUAAGGAAAUUGAAUUGCAUAGCUUUUAUACUGAAUGGAUGUGCAUUUUGUCCCUGUUUGCAUCAAUGCACUGGAAACAUAGAUAACAUAUGAAUACGUAUCAAAUCACACUAUCUCAGCUGAUGUGACUUCAUCUGCGGGUCUUUCCUAUACUCUCCUCUGUGCAAAUCUUAUAUCCAUCAAAGUACAUUCAGUGGGUUAAGCCUUACUGCACACUGUUACUCUCAAAUUUAUUCUGAGGCUGUGACGUUCUACAAUAAGAUUGCUAUAGAGAAUUGUUGCGUGCCUAUUUCUACAGUCAAAAAACUGGGGAACUGUGUAUAUUUUGUGAUUCCUUCAUACUGUGCCGUUCAUCGUCUAUUACACAUCUCCUGUGUGAGUGAGCUGCUUUAGAACAAUUAAAUACAAUGCAUUCCACCAUC